CGAGAUGUGAGCGCUGUGCGGGACUCUGCGUUUCCCCCUCUUCUCCUCCUCUCUCUAUCUAUCUAUCUAUCUAUCUCUCCCUCUCUCACAGCUCCAGUCUUUUUUUGAAGGGAAUUAUUUAAAAAAAUGUCCAACUUGAAGGAGUCCAACACUUGUCCUCCUGACGGCUACAGAGCUUUGAGCACCACUGAGCUGAGGGAGCUUUUACAAAACGACGACAAAAUGGACCAAAUCAUUCGUCUCAAUGAGAAGUUUCAGGACCUUCAAGUGGACAGAGAGAUGCUACUGACCUCCAAUCGGAGUUUAGCCGAGGACAGCCUUGCCCGACGACCCCGCCUUAAUAACGGCAAACUCCAACUGGCAGAGAAAUACCGGGAACUGUCCAACCUGGCAACCACAUGCUGGGAAAAACAGAGUCAGCUUGAGUCUCGUGGCCUGAGGCGCAGCCUGCAGACAGCGCAGAACCUCCUGCAGGAAGAGGUGAAUCGUGCAGAGGAGCAUUCAGAGGAGCUGCUGGAGAAGUUCAUGGAGGGGAACGUAAGCCUGGAUGAAUUCAUGGACUCCUUCCAAAGCUCCAGGAAGACGUAUCACAUCCGCCGGGCUCAAGCGGAAAAGAUGCAGGAUGUCGCCCAAGCCAAGCGGCAGCCGAGCAAAAGCAAGAGAGCGGAGGAGCCGACGAGCAAGAUCCCCGAGGUGAAGAAGGACUCGGAGCAGCCACAUGAGCCUCAGCGGCCGAAUGGCUUCGUAGCACAAGGACCUCUUAGAGUGUUCCAGGUACGCUACGGCCUCACGCCGGCCAUCCUCCUCCCUCAUUACCCCGUUUCUCCCCCCGCCUCGGCUCCAAGCCUUCAAAGUAGUACGCCCACGUCCGAGCCCCAGAUGGGACAGACCCACAUCCUCAGCCCGAGCACCCAGCUCCCGGGACACGGCCAGCCGGUCGGCCUCAGGGUCAUCGGACAGUUACCAGGCGGCUGGCCAGUUAACGGGCGGCCGGUGCGAGUGCAGCAGCUUUACAGGCCGAAUCCUCAACAGCCUGAGCCACCGUAUCGAUAAAGCUUAAAACCAGCUGAGGAGGCGGGAAAAGGAGAAGGCAGGAGGAAGAGGAGGAAAAGGAGGAUGAUGAAAAGCCGGUUUGAGAGGUCUUCCAAGACGUGGGAACCACUGGCAGCACUGCUAACGUCCGUUUUUCCGUUCUCCAUCCAUGACACACCAAACACGAGCAGAGCAGAGAUAGAAAGGCGGCAAACGACAGGAACCGGAAGGAAGAACAUGCAAGAUUUAUUUUUUAUUUUUUAUCUUUUUUUUAAUUCUAUUUUUCAUGUUUGUUUUUUGUUACACUGAUGCUUGUGAAGCACAGGGUGGUGAAGCACAUCUACGACCACAGAACUACAUUUAAAAAAAAAACAGGAUCUCAUUAUUCAUUCAUACAAGUUAGGAGAGAGAGAGAGUCAUCACAAUGAAGUGAUGUUUUAAUAUAAACUCAUUUUUUAAUCCAUCUAAAUAAGACAUUCAUAUUUUCCCAAGAUCAUGAACACUGCAGAGUUUAAACUGGUGAU